AUGAGUUACGAUAGUGAUGUCAACAUUUACACAGAAGAUGGACGUAUCAAACAGGUUGAAUAUGCGAUGAAGGCAAUGCACCUUGGAACCACUACAGUAGCAGCUGUGAUUGACGAUAGUGUUCUUAUUGUUUCCGAAAAGAAACUCUCUAAUUCAUUGCAGAAAAGCACAAGUGUGAGAAAACAUUUCAAGGUUUACGAUCACGUAGUUGUAUCCUUUGCAGGUAUUUCAGCAGAUGUGACUGAAAUUAUUAGAAAGUGUAGGAAUUUCUGUGCUGAACAUGAGUCACUCUACAAUACACUAAUUCCAGCUAAAAAACUAUUAGAUCAGAUAUGUAACUUAGCUCUCAAGUUUGCAGAAGAAGAAAGCUACAACAAGAUCUAUGCCAGACCAUUUGGUGUCUCAAUCAUCCUAGGAAUUUAUGAUAAGGGCCCAAGACUCUUCUGUAUUGAUCCAUCAGGUUCAUAUGCUGAAUAUAGUGCACGAGCAAUUGGAUGUGCAAAUGAGUUGGCAGAGCAGCAGUUAGAAGCAUGUAAUGGUAUAUACACGCAAGAGAAACUUGUUGAAAUUCUUAAAAGUGCCAUGCCUGACGAAAUGACUGCAAAUAACAUUGAGAUCUCAGUGAUGAACAAAGAUGGUCUCAAACAGUUCAAAAUCGAAGAACUACGUGAAUUGAUAUGA